UACUAAUGACCUGAGGAGGGCAGCAAUGCGCCAGACUGAUGUGACCAGUUUCCCGGAAAUUCAGAAGAACAGCGGAAAAUGCCACAACCCUUACUUAUUACUUGUGUUCAUGUGCCGUUAGCUCGCAUAACAGCGAAAUUCUUCAGCUGUUGAAGCAACAGUGAAAGUUCAUAAAAGAAAGGCUGACUGCUGCUGAAGAAAUCUUCUCAGGAUUUAAAGAAACGAUUGUCCAGUAUGAGAAGAUCAAUCGUAAACCCGAGAUAACAGUUAGUACAGACAACCAACAGUAACAUGAACUGUAAUAAGGGGAAGGGUCUGGAUGACCAGCAGGUCUGUAACCAGGAGAGUAACUCCACACUGGACCCACAGGACCCAGAGCUUCCACAGAUUAAAGAGGGAGAGCAGCUUGUAGUGAAGCAGGAGGCUGAGGGUAUCAUCAUCUGGACCGGAGAAGAGCCGCUCAGACUGCUGGAUACCAUCUGGAAACCUGAAAUAACGACAUACAGUAAAGAUCUUGUGCAACAGUGUGUCUUUAAGCAAGAGGAUCUGCAUGACCAGCAGGUGUGUAACCAGGAGAGGAACUCCAGUUUGAACCAGGAGGACCCAGAACUUCCAUGGAUUAAAGAGGAACCAGAGGAACUUUGCACCAGUGAGGAAGGAGAACAGCUUUUAUUGAAGGAGGAGACUGAUACCUUUAUGGUGACUUUUGAUGAAAGUGAACCUGAACCAAACAGAGACCAGCUCCUUUCUCACAACUCUCCUGCACCAGAGAGCCAGGAUCAAGGAGAAAAUGAGCACAUGGAAUCAGAAUCUACUAGAAAACUAGAGCUGAAGAACAGUAACAGUCUAAACAACUCUCCAGCGCCAGAAAAUCAGUGUAAAACUGACAAAAGUAAAAAGUCUCUAAAAUGUGACACUUGUGGAAAGACUUUUCAGUAUGAAUGUCACUUGACAAAACAUGUAAGAAUUCACACAGGUGAGAAGCCUUUUUCUUGUAGCACCUGUGGAAAAAGUUUUGCUCAGAAAUCAGGACUGGAAACUCACAUGAAAAUUCACACAGGUGAGAAGCCACAUUUUUGCAGUAUCUGUGGAAAAGGAUUCAGUCAGAUGAUAAACCUGAAAACUCAUAUGAGAGUCCACACAGGUGAAAAGCCAUAUUGUUGUAGCACAUGUGGAAAAAACUUUAGUGUCUUGUCAGCCUUCAAAGCCCACAUUAGAAUUCACACAGGUGAGAAGCCAUAUUGUUGUAACACUUGUGGGAAACGAUUCACUCAGAAAUCUGGACUGGAACCUCAUAUGAAAAUUCACACCGGCGAGAAGCCACAUUCUUGCAUUACCUGUGGGAAAAGCUUCAGUCAUACAACGUCCUUGAAAACUCACAUGAGAAUUCAUACAGGUGAGAAGCCACAUUCUUGCAUUACCUGUGGAAAAAGUUUCAGUCAUAUGAUGAACUUGAAAACCCACAUGAGAAUUCAUACAGGUGAGAAGCCAUAUUCUUGUAGCACCUGUGGGAAAAGAUUUAGCGAUUCAUCAGGAUUCAAAAAACAUAAAAGAAUUCAUACAGGUGAGAAGCCCCACCCUUGUAACACCUGUGGAAAGAGAUUCAGUGACAUGACGAAUUUGAAAACUCACAUGAGAAUUCACACGUCUGAGAAGCCACAUUCCUGUAGCAAUUGCGGGAAAAGUUUUGUUCAGAUGAUACACUUGAAAAGGCACAUGAGAAUUCAUACUAGUUAAGUUUUAAAAUGUGGAAUGUACUUUUUUUUUUUUUAAUAGAAAAACAAGAAUAGAUAAAUAAUUUAUUGACACUUGUAUUCUAUAGC